AAAGUACAAUUAAUUCGUCUUCUGAGGAGAAUACAAUAACAGAAAAUACAAUUAAUACGUCUUCGGAAACACCACUAACAGAAGAUGAGAAGAUUAACAUAAAAUACUGUCAAGAAAAAACAUGUAAAUUCCUGUUUCCAUAUAUUCACCUAGAACAAGAGACUCGUGCCAACAUUCACACUCGCCUUUACACACAAUUAGCACGAUCUUUAAAUCGUACAUUAGUCAUAUCAAACGUUGGAAAUUCAAGAGUUGGAGCGUGUAAAUUAUAUUCAUUCGACUUCUAUUAUGAUUUAAAAGCAUUCCAAAAAGACUAUCCAGAUAUUCGAUUUAUAACUCAAGAUAAAUUUCUGGAAUGGAUAAAAGAAAGAAAAAUCAAACCAAUUGCGCAACAUUCACAGAUGAUACAAGAUGAUUUUAAUAAAUCUUUUAAGUCUCCAAAAAAAAUGACUAUAGGAGUCAACGAAAGUACUAAACUUGGAAACAAAAAAAGAAAAAAAUUUUGCUUGAAUUUAUUCAAUCUAAAUAUUACGAAUUAUAAACAAUUUCAUACGGGGAUUGGUGAAUUUUAUCGAGAAGCAAUGUUGAAACUUGUUACAAACACUCUAAAAGUUUCACCGAUAACAGAAGAAUAUGAAGAAUAUGAAGUAAUAAUGAUAUUAAAUACAUCACCUGCAGAAAUAUUUCCGAGGAUUACCAAAGUAAUUCCAUAUUCAUCAUAUAUUAUUAAAGAAUCUAAAAAAAUCCUAAAAAAAUUAGAGCCUUAUAUAGCUGUUCAUUGGAGAAUGGAGCGUGGACAGCCUGAAUUAAUGCCAGAAUGUGCCAAGAAACUAGUUAAAAGAUUAAAAGAUAUUCAAAAACAAUACGGAAUAAAAAAUGUAUAUUUGGCAACUGAUUUUCCACUUAAUGGUGGUAAUCCUCAAUCACAAACAUUUCAUAAUAUUUCUAAUUUCCAUAAAGAAGCUAUUGAAAUACUUGGACUAAAUGGUAGUUUUGCAAAUAGUUCCGAUCACAUAAAAGUCAAUACGUGGAUUUCAAUGGACGUUUUCUCACAAAUUAGAGACGACCCAAAAUACGAAAAAGAAUUUAAUGGUGCUGGUAUACUUGGAAUACUUGAUAAAUUAGUUUGCGUAAAUGCAAAAUAUUUCUUAAAAGGACCGAAAGGUUGUGCUAGGAUAUCUAGCACUUUCACAAAAGUUGUCUUUACGGAAAGGCAAAAGUUGAAGGAUAAAUAUAAUUUUACUAAUAUUGUUUCUUCUUGGUGA